GGGGGUGGUAACAACCCAACCCAACACAUUUCUUCUGCGCGCGUCACCAAGUCUAGUCCGCGCGCUGGCCUCACCUUCUCCAAAGGUGGUGUGGCCAUUACUGGCGCCGGACGCAAAAAGCGCAAAAACUACCCCGUCUCUUGGGGCUGCGCUACCGACAAGAUGAAGAUGAAGAAACGCGUCUUGUGUGUGUAUGACGGCCAACGCAGACUGUGGAAAGACGACAUGAUGCUUGACCAAGAGUUUGAAGUACGCAUGAAGCUGCCUGAUGGCAAGGCGUAUGUCACAGACCUGGAUGUGCAGACGCUCAACCGCGCUGAGGCGCUGCAUGGUGCCACUGCUGAGGAGAGGGGCGCCUGGGUACCUGACAACAUCAUC